AUGUUUGCGCUUAUCGCGGCGGCCUUCGGGCUCUUAUCCACCAUUGCUUCUGCCGCGCCACUCUCCAUCAACACCACAACUGAAAGCUAUACCUUUCAUGUCGUUACGGGCACAAAUAAAGAUAGCAACUUCCAGUUAAGGCUACGGGACAACCAAUACGAUCCUGCUUUUGGAUAUCCUGUCGGAACUUUCCACUACGUUGGCGUAGAUGCCAAUGAUACGGUCUUGGUUGCCAGCCUGAGGGACGGACUCUUGUACAGCCAAGGCCAGAAUGCCGACGGCAGCUUCUAUGAUCUCGGGCCCACUGGCUACAUAAACCUCAAAGAAACCGUCGGCACAUCGUCGUCCUAUUUAUUCAGCUUUGUCAAUGCCACCAUUUACCCGCCCGCACUCGAUGCGGGGUGGCUGCUGAGCCCUGUUGAUGGUGAUGCUGGUGAUACAUAUGAGCUGCUUUACACGGAGCCGGAGGGGGUUGUCAAUGGCUGGCGAUGGUGCCUAGCGGACUUCGAUCUCGAUUACGGCGCGUGGUCUUAUGUGGAGUAUUUUACUUACACGGGGACUCCUACUUAUGACUCUUACUGUGUUCCGGCUCAGAUUCUGGCAACUGUUGCGAAAUGA